AUGGAUAUCUUGGAAAACAUUCCGAGAGUUAGAACAGAUGGACCACCAUACUGGCUAAUAUUUGUCAGUCAAAACACAAGAUACUGUGAAGCCAUACCAUUACAGUCCAAAGCUAUUUUAGAUAUCUUAGCAGCUUUGACAAUAUUCGUUGACAAAUACCAUCCAACAAAACUGACAUCUGACUGUGAAAGUUCUUUCAAAUCAGAUGAUGUAAAAAACUAUCUGCGUUCAAAAAAUGUAAACCAAUAUUUCAUUGUCGACCAAAACCAUUCUGCUCUUGGUGUCAUUGACGGUUGUAUAAAAAUGUUAAGAGACUUAAACCAACCACAAGGUGGUGAAGCAAAUGAAAUGUCAUAUGACGACAAAUAUAGACACUUCUCCAUGGCAAAGAUGAGACAAGUUUUAAAUAUUUACAAUAGCCGUAAACAAAAAGGUUUGGGAAACCACUCCCCCGAAGAAAUGAAAAACAACCCUGACUUAGAGAAAGACUAUAUAUUUAAUAAUUUAGUCAAAAGAGACAAACAAGAAAGAAUGCCGGGCUUCAAACUUCAGAAAG